UUAGUUGUUCAACGGCUUGCCCUGAAACGCGAACCGAGUAUUGCACCGAUAACGUUAGUUUUAGGAUUUUUGUCAGUGUUUUUGGCUUCCAUGCAAUCUUGAGCAAACGUGGUAUUUAAAUCUCCUAGACUCGAUGCGCCCUGCUGUUUGUAAUGUAGCUACAACAUUCGCUCCUGUUUGUAAAGCCAUUAACAGCUAGCUGCGGCUAACGUUAACUGUCGGAUCGCAUGUUAGCUUCGUCAACUUUAGUUAGCCGCGCACAAUUGGUACUCGCUGAAUUUGUGACGCCAGAAAGGCUUCUGAGAAUGCUGGCUACGGGAGCAGCUGUAACAAACGUCACAGCCUUGGCUCAGGUAGACCGAGAGAAGAUUUACCAAUGGAUCAAUGAGUUGUCCAGCCCUGAGACCAGAGAGAAUGCCUUGCUGGAGCUCAGCAAAAAACGUGAAUCUGUGCCUGACCUGGCACCCAUGCUCUGGCACUCCUGUGGCACCAUUGCUGCCCUUUUGCAGGAAAUAGUGAACAUCUAUCCCUCUAUAAACCCACCGACGCUUACAGCUCACCAGUCCAACAGAGUGUGCAACGCCUUGGCACUUCUGCAGUGUGUUGCAUCACAUCCAGAAACAAGGUCGGCUUUUCUUGCAGCUCACAUUCCACUUUUCCUUUAUCCUUUUCUCCACACUGUGAGCAAAACACGUCCAUUUGAGUACCUGCGACUUACAAGCCUUGGAGUCAUAGGUGCGCUGGUGAAAACGGAUGAGCAGGAAGUGAUUAACUUCCUUCUCACUACUGAAAUCAUCCCGUUGUGUCUCCGUAUUAUGGAAUCGGGGAGUGAACUCUCCAAAACGGUUGCUACUUUCAUAUUGCAGAAGAUCCUAUUGGAUGAUACAGGGCUGGCCUACAUUUGUCAGACAUACGAGCGCUUCUCCCAUGUGGCCAUGAUCCUUGGGAAAAUGGUACUGCAGUUGUCGAAAGAGCCAUCAGCGCGUCUGCUGAAGCACGUUGUUCGAUGCUACCUUCGCCUCUCGGAUAAUCUCAGAGCCAGAGAAGCCCUGCGGCAGUGCCUGCCAGACCAGCUGAAAGACAGCACCUUCGCCCAGGUACUGAAGGACGACACCACCACCAAGCGUUGGCUGGCACAGUUAGUCAAGAACCUGCAGGAAGGCCAGGUCACCGAUUCCCGGGGCAUCCCGUUGGCUCCGCAGUGAUUUCAGCACCUCCUCGACUAGUUUGUAUUUCGCCAAAUGCGGUGCUAAGACUGUCUCUCUGUGUAGUGAAGGGCCUAACAAUAGUUGCUGGAUUUGCUUUUUUGGGAUAGUCAUUUUGAUCACAUGUGCUGCCUCUGCAAUAUUCCACAUUCUCAAUAUUUAAAGCCAACAUCAGUAGAGUUACACAUUCAAUUUUGAAACAUUGUCUGGUGUUUUGUGCACAUUUUUGGCACAUUACAUCCCUCGGUUUUGGUUAAUAAAGACUUUUAAAAAAAACAUGAUUGAACAAUGAAAUUCUCCAUACGCCUUUCAACCUCACGGAAAACUGUAAAUACCUGAUGAUUAUGUAAAUAGAAUUAUUUGCAAUUUACAUUUGGGUAAAUGUUGACACAUCGAUGACUGCCAGCUGUUUCACAAUUUUGGUUGUCUAUACUUUUUACAUAUUUUUGCAGUUUUCAAUAUGUAAUAUGUAAAAGAUGUGAUUCUUAAUGUCAGAUGAAUUCAAUUUUCUACACAUCAGAGUUCAUCUUUCAUCAAAUAAAUAAAAGAAAUAUGUCCUAUUACAAA